AUGCCCUGCCGUGACAAGUCACCCUCCUACCGCUGCCAACAUGUAGAUGCAGGACUCCUCACCAACACGCACCUGGACCAAGAUGCCCCCGGCCUCGCGGCCAACGCACACCAACAACGGCCUCCUCCGGCCGGCAUGCAGCCACAAACAGACGGGGAGCCGGCCAGCAAGCUCGCCAGAGAACCAGUCGCCUGGCGAGACUUGCCGCGGAGGAGGCAGCUCAUCAUCAUCACGCUGGCUCGCAUGAGUGAGCCUCUGGUCCAGACAUCCCUGCAGUCAUACAUGUACUACCAGCUGAAGUGGUUCAGCCCCGAGUCCCCCGACGCCCUCAUAUCCAGGCAGGCAGGCAUCCUGCACGCCUCCUUCAUGGCGGCGCAGUUCCUGACGGCCAUGGCAUGGGGCCGCGUCGCCGACUCCCCCCGCGCCGGCCGCAAGACGGUCCUGCUCAUCGGCCUGCUGGGCACGAGCCUGUCCUGCCUGGGCUUCGGCUUCUCCACGAGCUUCCGCCAGGCGCUGGUCUUUCGCACCCUGGGCGGCAGCACCAACGGGAAUAUCGGCGUCAUGAGAACAAUGAUCUCGGAAAUCAUCCGUGAAAAGAGGUUCCAAGCCCGUGCAUUCCUCCUCCUCCCCAUGACGUUCAACAUUGGCGUCAUCGUCGGUCCCAUGCUGGGUGGCAUCCUGUCCGACCCGGCGGGCACGUAUCCCCGUCUGUUCGGCCACGUCCGCUUCUUUGUCGACUUCCCCUACGCGGCGCCCAACAUUGUCAGCUGCGUGUUUCUCCUGCUCGCCGCGGCAGCAGUGUGGCUGGGCCUCGAGGAGACGCUCGACUCGCUGCGGGACGCGCCGCCGGACCUGGGAACCCGCGCGGGCUCGCGCCUCGCCGGUCUCCUGCGCAGCGUGUUCCGCCGCGGCCACGCAGAGGCGGGAUACGUGCCGAUUCCGUCGGAUGCGCUGGAGCUCGCGACCGAUGGCGGCGGUGGUGAUGGCAGCGCGCAGGGAAAGCUGCCGGCGAGGCGGUACACACGCCGGUUGCCGUUUCGCCGGAUAUUCACGCGGAAUGUCGCCUUGACGCUGUUUGCCCAGUUCUUCCUCACGUUCCACAUCGGCACCUUCAACUCGCUUUGGUUUGUCUUCCUCUCGACGCCCGUGUUUGAUCCGUCUGCUUCGGACCACGGCGUCCGGUUGCCCUUUCGUUUCACCGGCGGUAUAGGCAUGCAUCCGCAGGCCGUUGGUGUGGCCAUGGCCAUCCUGGGCGUCAUUGGCAUCGCUUUGCAACUCUUUUUCUACCCUCGCAUGUCGGAGCGGCUGGGCACGCUCAUGUCUUGGCGUGUGUUCCUCCUCUUGUUCCCGAUGGCUUACUUCCUUGUCCCGUACUUGUCCGUUGUUCCGAGUACUUCUGGGCCGCCGCACAGCAAGACCGGAGCCGCAAUUUGGCUAUCCAUUUGUGGGGUGCUCUUUAUACAAGUCAUGGGUAGGACGUUUGCUUUGCCAAGUCAGGCCAUUCUGAUUAAUAACUGCUCGCCGCACCCAAGCGUGCUGGGGACUGUACAUGGCCUAGGACAGAGCGUCAGUAGUUUUGCGAGAACCGUCGGACCCAUCAUUGGCGGCGUCGUCUAUGGGUUUGGCUUGAGCAGGGGCUAUGUCGGGUUGGUGUUUUGGCUGUUGAGCUGCGUGGCCAUCUGUGCAUGUUUAGCAAGCUUGCUAGUGAAAGAGGGGGAUGGGCAUGAGAUUUGGCUAGAGGGAGACGAGGAGGAGCCAAAUAAUGAGACCGGUAGAUACUAA